AUGUCACUGGCUACUCCUAUUCAUAUAUAUGAAUUCCUUCGAAAGAAGAUAUCAUCGUUUCUGAAAAUCGUAGCACGAGAGCUUAAGAAAAGGAAACUGCCCUUCGCUGAGGAUCCACAAUCAAAACUGAAUGAUCCCAAGAAGGUGGCCAUGUUGACGGACUACUUCGAUGUGUUCCGAUUGCAAGACGGCAACGAUAAUUUCGGUUUUUCAUUCUAUGCAGUGAACGAGGUCCAAGAGUCGGUUUAUGUGCACCAGAACUGGCAAGAUUAUAUCUGGACACUCGUCAAAAAACCGUUCCCUAAGCAGGAGAACGGUAUGGUCUCCUUCAGGGAUUUUUUGGACAGAACACAAUACACUGACACUGGAAUCUUCGCCUACGAAUGGAUCUUUGGGGACAACUUCAUUUCUCCC